AUGUCGAUUGUGCAAUUCGUGAUACUGCCGUUGUUGAAGAAUGCUCCGUCAAAGCCGGCAUUGCCGCUAAAUGUUGAUACCACCACCUCUACCGAACUCACACCCACUCCGGGAUCCAUCGCCUCGACCGCCCCCGCCGUUGCUGGUGGUGCCCGCCGAACCAAGCGUCGAUCGCGCAGUGGAAAGCGUCAUUCCAAGCGAUCGAAGGGUGGUAAGAAGAGCUUCAGUGGUCGCAAGGGUUCUCUCGGUAAGCGCAGACGAUCAAAGUCUAAGUCUGGCCGAGGCCAUGGUCAUUCCCUCGUUCGCUACAGCAGCACCAAGGACCUGAACAACCACCAUCACUACCGCAACUCCGUCGCAAGGUCUGGCGGCAAGAAGAAGAGCAGGGUUAGCGUCCACAAACAACACGGCAGAGGCAGUGGCCGCAAAAGCAGAAUCAGCAGACAACGCGGCAGAGGUAGUGGUAAGAAGUACCCCAAGCACUCCAAGCGCCAGCCUGGUGGUAAAAAGUCUUCCAAGAAGCGACGAAGCAGCAAGCGCAAGGGUAAGCGCGGUGGUAACGGUGGUUGCCCGGUCGAUGCCAACGGUCGAGUCGAUUUUGCCUGCCCCAUCUGCGGCAAGACCCACAAGCUGUCGUCCAACCAGUUCCACAUUGAAUCCAUCCGCGUGCCUUCCGGCGAUGGUGCUGAUCGAUACCAGAGCCAGAUUGUCGUCCCCGUCUGCCCCGGAUGCGGAACCCAGAACCUCCGCCAAUUCUGCUCUUCCGCUUGA